AAUUGAAGUCCAUCAUCGAUAUAGUUCAUAAAUGGUUCUUUGAAUGCCAAGAACUGAUGCCGCUAAUUGCUUCAGUGUAAUGAAUUCCGGACUAUGGAAAUAUGGAAAACCGAAACACGUACUGCGGAAGAGCACAACUGUCACUCCUUUGGCAGACGCCACGAGUGAUGUGAAUGCUUGCGCCUCACACGUGGCACGACCAAUGAUGUAGCGCUCUUAUCGAGCCACGAUCUCGCUGAAACUUUAUGCUGUGACCUGGCAUGGUCUCCUUGAUCGGACGCAGCUGGUAUUUUGAUCGUACCUGUAGAAGCGCGCUGAUCGGCUCACUCACGGUCAAGAUUUCUGCGAUGCACUCAAAGUUAUGCAGCCCAGACAUCGUAAAAAAAAGAAAAAAAAAACACCUUAACGCUCGACACGAAACGUAUUCGCCACUCCCAGCUCACCGGUACAGCUAGAGACCACAACGAAGUGGCAGCAAGCACGCGGCCACGCCAACAAGCAAAGCUGUGAGAAUAAAGGGGCAACGGCAGAUAAUUUUUAUAGUUCGACUGAGUUCGGCGCAGCGCGAUUUUACGCGGCUGCGCCCUCCCGACUGAAGAGCGACCGGAACUGACGCUACGACGCUUUACCGUUGCCUAGACAACCCGGCGCGCGGCAGGGUGGGAAGGCGGAAGCUGCUACGUCACCUCAUUGACUCUUGCUUCAAAAAAUGCGUUGUCUUUGUCCGCGUCUCGCGCUCUGGGAAAUAAUUUUAAACGUGUGAUUGGUUUUAUGUGCGGUCUAACCAGAGACGUGGUCCGUGCGUUGUGUAUUAAUCGUGCCCCACCUCAACUCAAAGCCUUGGCACGCGCUGGAAGAUGGAUCCACGGAAGCAGAUACGAGCAGUUGCAACGUGCCCGGUGUCGGCGGUCGGUAUACUACUGUCAGUAUGGAAAGUUUCAGCGGCUGUCCCCGCCCUGAAAACCGAGUUUGGUGUAGAGCCACUCUGGAAUAUAUGGAGGCGCCGGAGGACCAGUGGAAGGUGUCAUCCAGAUGACAGCCUCACAAUUCGCAGCCUUUGUGCUCUCCAUCAGAAACCCAUCAGGGGCAAGCCACUUAUGUUUGCCUUCAGACAAGACAACAUUGAAGCAAGAUUCCAGCACAGCCAUCUCCUGCACUUAUGGUCAAGAUGCUCAGACAAUGGAGUCCCUGUUCCUUGUGGUUAACCGUGAACAGUAUUCUCGCUUUUAUGAAAGCUAAAGGUGAUUUCCUGCAUAAAUUAGAAUUUUGCAGCUCAAAUGU